AUGUAUGAUCAUAUCAAAAGAGAAAAGGAUGUUUCAAUUAGAAACGAAUUUACAUUGGCAGAUAAAAAGGUUUCUGAUUCAUCUUCAAGUUCGCAAACAUAUUCAAAUGACAAAUAUAAUAGCAAACUUCUAAACGAUGUAUAUACCAGCAAACUUAUUGGCUUUAAAAAUCUUCCAGAACCUAAAAAUUCAACAAGUUUUGUAAUUUCUUCUGAUGAAGAAAAAUAUUUAUGGUGA